AUGUUCCGCGUCCUUGCGCCGCUCCGCCCCUCCUUCUUCGCUCAGAAGCUCGGCGGCGGACGGCCCGGCGAGGUCUCGUUCUGCCCCGCGCUCCUCCACCUCGUCCUCCUCUCUGCUCUCCUCUCAAUUCCGACGACGAUUGCGUGCGUGGCGAGGCUCCUUCCGGCGCUCGCGUCCUUCUCUGUGGGCGCGGCGCUGCAGCAGGCGGAGGUACUCUUCCCGCGGGGGAUAGAGCUCAUCUUCAACGGCUCCAGCGCGCAGAUCCGGCCAAUCGCGCCGGCUGCCGACGGCGCACCCGCGCGCGACGUGGCAGAGGAGGAGGCAGGCGCGGACGACGACGAGUUCGUGUGCUGGGAGACGGACGGCGCGAGCUGGUGCGCCGCGUCCGCAGGCGAGGGUGAGCUCACGCCCAUCCUCCUCCGCCUGCCGCCGCUGCUGUACGACCUCUUUUACUCUGACCUCCCGCCGCCGUUUGGCGCUCCGCCGGCGAGGGUGUGCGCGCCGCUGCUCGGCGAGGACGAGGACCGGCUGCUCGACCCGUACCCGUUCGUGAAUGAGUUUGCCGCCGGCCAGGAGGCCGAGGCGCGGCGCGGCCUCCGCUCCCUCCUCUGGGGCGCCGGCUGGGAGCGCACCUCUGUCCUCGACGCGAGGCCGCACCAGGACGUGCGCCGAUACCUGUACCGCCUCCGCUUCGCGGAGGACGCGCGGCGCGACGCGGAGGGGCGGGGCCGAUCGGCGCUCGACGUGCGGCGCACGCCGGCCAUUGCGCUCGCCCACAACCAGCGUCCUCGAAUCGUCAGGGAUGGUCGAUUCCGUCCACACGCGCCAACUGCUGGCUACUAG